AUGCUGCUCUGCGAUUGGCUGGUGGCGCUGGAGGAGGAAGAGUCGGCGCGGAUGUUCCAGAGCGUGCUGUAUGAGACGCCCGAAGCUCAGCUGCAAGGCCGCGGCGCGGCGCCACUGUCGCCGGACCAGGUCCGCCGUCUGCUGGGCGGCCUGCAGCGGCUGUACGCGCAGCGGCGUGCUCAGGCGUGCGGUCGACUGAGGAGGCGGCACCGGGCCUUCGUCUGCGAGACCUUGGCCCGCCAUCUUGUGUCAGAGGCGGCGCCACUCAGUCGGCUGACGGCGGCGGCCGCCGCUUGGGAGUGGCGCUCGCUGGACGGCCUGUUGCGUGCCGGCCGCCGGCAUCUGCUGCCGCCGCUGGUGGUCGCCAUGGCAACAGAAGGACGCGCCGAUCUGCUGGACGCCGCGGCGGCCGUGCUCAAGACAAAGCCGAAGGACUUGUUGAUCGACAACUAUCAGUUCGUGAUGUCGCACCUGGUGCUGGCCGGCCGGCGAGCCGACCUGAGCCGGGUACACGCCUUCGUAGCUUCGGCCACUGGGGUGCAGAUUCAAGAGAUCCGGCGCUGCUCGGUCCAGGGUCAGGUCAACGAGCUGCUGCUGGGGCUGCAUUCGUGCCGGGAUGACGUCAUACGCGAGCUGGGCUGCCUGGUGCGCCUGGAGAGAGGCGGCGAACCCGCCGACCAGCCCGUUCCUCUAGACGACGUCAUACGGUACGUGUCGGGUCGCCUGCUGGGCGUACUGGGGUGGGCCGACACCAAGCUCGGGUCGCCCUCCACCUCCGAUGAGGAAAAGCGCCGUCUCCUGCUCUCCAUCGCCGACCUCUGCCAGCUGCUCGGUGGUGCUGCUCAGAUGGUGUAG